GCAUCAUCGAGGACUUUCUUUGAGGCGCAGAGCUAGAGAGAAACUGAGAAAGAAAUUUGCAGAGAAAUGGCGUCAAAUGCAGCGGUGCCCUUUUGGAGAGCGGCGGGGAUGACAUACAUCACAUACUCAAACAUUUGCGCUAAUCUGGUCAGGAACUGUCUCAAGGAGCCUUUGAAGACCGAAGUUCUUAGCCGCGAGAAGGUUCACUUUUCCAUUUCCAAGUGGGCGGACGGCAAGCCCCAAAAGCCCAUUAUUCGGUCGGACACACCCGAAGCGUGAAGGUGAUGGGCGGUCAAUGUUUUGAAGUUGCUUCUGUUAUCAUAUGAACACUGGUGAUAGGCUUGAGUCAUUUUCUGGAAUCAAAGCGUUUAUGGAAAUGGAUUGAUGAAUCUUCUGGAAUUUCCAUGAACUUGCGAAUGUGUAAUAAAUUUGUUGCUACUGAUCAACUAUAAAGCUUUGUGCUUGAUUUUUUCUAU